UUUGAUUUUAUUACAUCUGAUUUUGAUGCUUUAACGAAGGGAUUUGAUAUUAUUGAGUAGCGAAUUUCCAGUCGAUUUCUUGAGUCUCUCAUAAGGCAGACAGUUGAUGAUGUUGGGGAAAGUUUCAGUGACUCUGUUGGCGCUUUGCUUGCCAGCUUUGGUUCAGUCAUUAACUUGUCAUCGUUGUUUCGGCUAUGGAUUCUGCAAUAGUCCUGAUCAUGAAGGGUUUUCCGAGGGGAUCAGAGCUGCAACAUGCAGCAGCUCUAGCUACUGGUCUGCUUUUGAGUCAGACGAUCCUUUCACGCAGGUAGUUGCAAAGGCUCUGGACGCAAAUUACAAAAGAACGUUUCUAAGCCCGGUUACCACUCAAAACACUACUCUGGAAUAUCUUUGCCUUACAGCCAGAAUCGACGAACCUCUUAAUAACUACACACUGAGGACUUGUGUAACUCGGGCAAUUCCAACUGAAGGCACUUACCCGACAGUUUGCGAUUUCAUCGACAGUUACAUUGGCUCACAAAACGUCCAUGGAGGAACUUUCAGUUGCAGACAGUGCAAUGAAGACUAUUGCAACAGCCAUGCUUUGAGUGCGGGCGAUGGAACUAGUGGUACUGAUGAAGAUGCGGAAGUAGGUGAAGAUGGUGGAAUGGAUGAUAUUGAUGAUUCAUAUGUUCCGGGUGCCGAUGAUGACGAUUCCGAUGAGGAUUCAUCAGCAGCCCAUGUGGGAUCAGUCAUAAUUGCGACUUUGUUUGCGACUUUGCCUUCCCUAGUGCUUUGAAGUUCGGAUGCCUCAGCGAUUUAUUUGAUUUUUAUAGAUUAAUCUGAUGUUAAUAGAGGAGGUUUUUUCUGAACCGUUCAGGUAUUUGUAUGCCAUUGAAAAAGGGGAAACUCUUUCCAAUCUAUCCUACUCAUUUUGGACAUAAUUUCAAAGUUGUUCAAUUCAUGGAUUAUUUAUUAGACCCUGACCGAACCACAGAGCUAUUUUUGGAGAGAACACAUUAAAAUCCACCAAACUGCUGGUUGUUCCGACAGUAACUUAAUUUGGGAAAUAAUUGGAUUUUAUAACAGUCAGGCGUCGAAUGAGCAGCCAACCAAAACAUCAAAAAUUAAAAACGCAGCAAAUUGAACGGGGAUUGCAAUGAGUCCUGCUGUACUUUUUCCAAAUAAAAUUGGUGUUGAUUAAUGCGAAUAUAAAACGGCUAAAAAUCACCCGAAUAAGAAACUGUCGGAGAUAUCCGGACAGAGGAUGAAUAAUCAUUUUAUCGGUUUUACGACAGACUAUUAAGGUAUCGAUUGGUAUUACGAGGGAUUGAGGGGGCCAUUGUUGAUAUGUUUGUCUUUGCUAUUGCCGGACCAAAAAAACGGUUUAUUGAUCUAUUGUUGGUCUGUUUAUAAUUUAGAAGGUACGCGAUACUCAAAGUGAUUUUUGUGCUUCAGUAUCAAUCAAUCCUCCCGCUAAUAACAUGUUUUACUGGAUUCUAAUUUUACUGUUUGCGCCAAGUCUCGUCAAUACUCUAACUUGCCACAGGUGUUUUGGCUAUGGAUUUUGCCAUGAUCCAGAUGAUCCGGAUUUCAGUGACGGCAUCCGAGUCGCAGCCUGCAGCUCUUGGAAAUAUUGGGACGAACCGCUGUUAUCAGACGAUCCCUUUGGGCGGCGAGUGGAAGAGGCCCUGAACGAAAACUAUCGACAUAAUUUCCUGAAUAGUUCUACUCAAAACACUCAACUAGAACAUCAUUGCGUUACAGCUAGAGUGCAUGAGACAAAAAACAGUUACACUCUAAGAACGUGCAUAUCCAGAGUGGUUCCCACUGAUCAGUCAUAUCCAACUCUUUGCGAACUCAUUGAUGAUCUGACUCAGUCCCAAAACAGGCACAAUGGGAGUUUUAGUUGCAGACAAUGUACUGGGGAUUUUUGCAAUACACAUGCUUUACAGGAAGGCGAUGGAGUGGCCAUUGACGAUGAUGAUGAUGAUGAUGAUGAUGAUACUGAUGAUGAUGAUGAUGAUGAUGAUGAUGAUGAUGACAGCGAUAAUGAGACUGAUGAUUUGAAAGAUUCUGCAUCUACUGUGACAAGAGUCGCAUUUACCGUACUGGCUUUUUGUUCUGUUAGCAUUGGUUUAAGUUUAUUUAGCGAUUGAAUGUGCGUAAAGUGAAUUAGUUUACUUUUGUUCCAUUGGCGAUCAUUUUAAUUUGAGAUGAGAAAUGAAUAUAAAACAUAAAGUACGAAACCA